CGACCACACCGGGCAGCUCGCAGGGCAGAGCCGCGCUGGAGGCGCACGGAGAGCGACGCACCGCGCACUGCACCGGCCCGGUAAACCGACACCUGCCCGCCACGUUCACCAGCUUCCUCCCCCACCACCACCACCCUCUGCGUGUGCCGGGUGGAGGCGCUGCCUCGGAUCGUCGGGUAUGAAGAAUAAACACAGCCACCAACAGGUGAAGACGGCGGCGGCUCCGGGGCGGCUCGACAUGUCGGGCUUCGAGGUGACUCUCCAGCAGCUGAACGACCUGCUGACGGACGACAGCGGCUUCUACAGCUGGCCCACCAAACACUUCCAUGAGGUCUACCCGAGGAUCUACGUGGGCAAUGCGUUUGUGGCGAUGAACGUCAUGCGUCUCAAGCGUCAGGGCAUCACCCACAUCCUGAACGCUGCAGAGGGGAACUCCUUCAUGCACGUCAACACCAACACUGAGUUCUAUGCCGGCACGGGCAUCAUUUACCAUGGCAUACCAGCCAGUGACACAGACCACUUCGACAUCAGUGUUUACUUUGAGGAGGCUGCAGACUUCAUCGAGAAGGCGCUGGCAUACAAAAAUGGAAAAGGUAAAGUGUACGUUCACUGUAGGGAAGGCUACAGCCGCUCGCCAACCUUAGUCAUAGCCUACCUGAUGCUGCGCCAGAACAUGAACGUCCACAGCGCUCUGGCCACGGUGCGUCAGAAGAGAGAGAUCGGACCCAACGACGGCUUCCUCCGCCAGCUCUGUCGGCUAAACCAGAGGCUGGAUGCCGAGGGGAAGUUCUGGAACAAAUGAGGCAGACGAGAGAAGGAAGGAAUACAGUCUGUAAGGCAGAAACACAAGUAUGCUCAAGUGCACAUCACCUUCUUUCACUUGUUCUACAGCUUUAACGAGCCGCAGAUCUGUGAGAUGUGAGGAUAGCGGGUAAGGAAAGACGUUUUCCCCUAGACGAGGGCUGAAAGCACUGAGAGUAUGUACAGUACAGCUUACAGACAAACGUUUGACAUGUACAGUCUCUUAUUGUGCCCAAACCAACACCAGUGAUACCGUGUGCUGAUUGUACAAUGUGAUGUGUAAAUCCAGGUUCACUGCAUUCACUGUGCUUGCCAGUGUAUAUUCUGAGUACUAGAUUUAUCUUGGUUCACGUGACAAAAGGCCAACCACUAAGCAUACUUUACAUGUCCCGCGCAGUUUGGUGUGUGCUUUUUUUUUUGCUGCUCAUUACUCCAGAGAAGAACAUCAAGGUAUAAAGGGAAUGUUAAUGUGCAUUCAAAUGCACAAAAUGGAUGGUGUAACAGAUUCUGUCAGUGCUUUUUCUCAUCCAGCCGUCUUUGAUCUCGCUCCCACUUUGUCGCCGUUGCGUCCUGCGUGCCUGCCUCGCACAUGCAAACACUGCCAACUGUCUCCGUCCCUGCAGCUCCCCGAGGGGAAUUCAAGCGGACACUGUGACUUUUCGUAUUUGAUCGUAGUUGCAGGGGUACAAUACAGCUAUUUUUGUCUAAUAUUCUUAGUGAACCACACAACCUUCGACUUAUCUUGUACUCACUUCCAGAAGCCUGCCUCAGGAGUACGUCUCAGUCAGAAGUCUGUUGUGCUGUUAUGGUGCUUUAUAGCUGCUUUAUUGACACUAUUUCGUACUCCAAGAAAAUUCAGCUUUUGAUAGUUAAAUUAUGCCGAUCUGACAUUAAUGGAACAGCAAAGGACCCAAGGAAUGGUUUCAACCCACUUGCCAGAAUAAAUGUGGCCAGUGUACAUUUCUGCAGACCACAGAUACAAAUUUAACUUGAAGUUUCUUUACUUUUUGCUUAUUUAGGUUAAAUCUUCACUUUCAUGUUGUGAUAUGUGAUAACCGUUUGGUUAGGGUUUUCUUGCCAAAAACACAGCUGGAGCGUAUCCCGCGGACGGGUUAAAACAAUACUCAGUGGUUUCACGCUUACAAAUGAUGGAACUUCAUAUGCAUGAAAUGUUAAUGUAAUGUGACAUUUAUUGUAAAAUUGUCAAUAUGGUAUGACGUGUGCAAAUUUGAAGGUACCCAUGGUUUACAGAAAUGUCAACUGCCAACAAUGAAUCCCGCAGACUGGGCUGAUGGUUUAGCAUUUCGGGAAAUAUACUGUCACCUUCCUGAUGAAUGUUUUAAUGAUACUAUCAUGUCUGUGUGCUAAAUAUGAACACCCUUAGCCAGUUAUCUUAGCUUCGCACGGAUACUGAUAACAAGCUAUCCUGGCUCUCUCCACAGCUAACAAAACCAAAUUGACUGCAAAACCAAAAAUCUGCAGGAUUGUCUGUUCUGUUUUCUUCCAAGAACAUGUCAUUUCACCAUGCAUAAGUGUAAACAAACAAGAUAUUACAUGUGAAUUAGUGAGCUUUACAGGUGAUGGCUACCUGGUCAGCUGUUUUCUUAAUAUUUCUUUAUGCUAUGCUAAGCUAACCAGCUACUGGCAGUUGGUUCAUCUUUACUCCACAGACAUGGGAGUGGUAUCAAAUUCCCCAUCUAACUCUCAGCAAGACAGUAGAUAUGUGUAUUUCCCAAAACGCCAAACUGCUCCCUCAUUGUCGGCUAUGGGAUGUUGUGUCUCGCGUUCUUACAUCAGACAGUUCAUUCUAGACACAAGCCCCGUUGGGUUGCUGAGGGUGUAUGUCCUGUAGCUUUAUGCCAAAGGGUCCAGUGAGUUGAAACCAAGCCACUUAAUUCCCAGAUUGUAACUUAAACACUGCCAGAAUAUGAUAUAUGUUUGACAGUAGCUUAAACAUUAUUGGAUAACUUCUCAGAUAACACCUUUUUGCACAUUAGCGUGUGUUUAUGCAGUUUUAUAUUGUACAGCGGCAUGCUUUCAUACGUGUGGGCCAAAGUGUUGUUUAUACUCCCUUGUUAGCACAGCCGUGUAUAUGUGUGUAUUUAUGGAGGAACUUAGUGCAUCACUGAGUGUGCGUUAUUCAUCGCAGUGUGCAUUAUCAAGCCUGUAACCUGUGAGUCAUCAUGUGCAUUACUGAGUAGGAUGUGAUGUAAUUGGUCAAGUCGGUAGGCUUCCAUCGAGUCUCACAGAUUCUGACACCGCUUACAUGAAGUGCACUUUAUCUAAUGACACUUGUGAUUGUUGUUGCUCUCUUUUCUUAUGUACAGUAAUAAACAGAAGACAGCA